UUGGCUAAGGUGUAUGGAAACGUCUGACUUCAACUGUAGAUACAGUCAACAUCACAUUCACUUAGUCACAGUGAAAGUGGCAUUUUGUUUUCCUGCUGGGUGGUCGUGGUUCUGUUACACCAUAGUACCUGGGUUUUGUUCAGUAAGCUACAACGUUGUGGAACGCUCAGAUAGAAAUAGGUUAUGCAGUGUCUGUCAUGUAGCCGUGGGAGUCAUGGCAGCUCUAUAAAGCAUAACAUUUCUAUCUGAAAUGUUCAUAGUGUUGCACCCUCCUGAAUGCGACCCUAGACAUGCUGACUGUAUCGAUGUUAUCCCCUCCCUCCCCGGUGUGGUGUGUUGUGUUGACGCUCUAUUUGAUCCACAGAACUGGAGGAGGCGUGGCUUCUGGCAGCUUCCUUGCUGGGCCCCGCCCCUUGUCCCUCGCUAGCCAAUCUGCUGCUGUCUCUCCUGAAGGGACACGCACCUAACACAGCCCUGCCCCCUCUCCCAGGGUAAGAGGGCCAACAAGUCUCUCCAUACUCAUCCCUGGCCCUGUGCUUCUUUGGCCCCUAGAUCCUUUCCCCUAGCCUCUCUGUAGUGUUCACUGUUUUUUAAGGAUGGGAUAGAAUUAACCAAUCUGGUGAUGGCACCACCUAGUCCUCCAACAGGCUGAAUGGAGCUUCUGUUGCUGUCACCUGCCAGCUAGACCUGUCAGAUUAGGGUCCCUGAUGGGGCAGAGACAACCAGGGGAAGGGGGUGGAAUGGAACCAGGGUCCCCUGACCCCCUCAGCUCAGGCAAGAGGAGCAGCUCGACCCAACACCAGCACCUUCGACAUGAUCAACCAGGGCCGUACUGUACCUCAUCCAUAGACCUGUGCUAAUUCUCUGUGCUGUGUCUGUCUAUCUGACCGAGAACCUCAGAGUAAGACAGGGUGAUUUUUUUAUCCUUAUGACCAUAUGUAGUGGUGUCACUGAGGCCAUGUAUAACAUAUGCAGUUCCAUAUUAUUGUGGAAGUGUUGUGAAGUUACUGUUGAUGCCUGUUUUGGUUCAAAAUGGUCUCAGAUUUGUAUUGGAUCAGUGUGUGAGUGUGGUGUUUGUGGCCAAUGGAUUGUAUCAACAGCUUCACGCCCACCUCCAUUCUCCUCUGUAAGAGAUGCCUUUUGUGUAAACACAUACAGGCUUUUAUCACCAUUUCUUUUUUUCCCUCUCCAGGACUCUCCUCUGCGUAGUAACUCCAGCCCCCCCAACAGUACAGGCAGUACAGCAGACAGUGAUGGCUGGACCCCCGGUCCUGAACCCCCCUCCUCUUGCCCCCCGCGGCUCCCCAUACCCUCGCAGGACAAGAACAGGAAACGACCCCGUCCCACGGGAAUCCACCCUGGGGCCUCACUAUCCAGCCAUGUUAGGAAAGAUCAUGGCCAUCUAGCGUCCUCCCUGCACCCAGAUGACCGGAGGAAAGCCGACAAACUGAAGAAGAGGAGGAAGAACCGGGAGAGCCAGGCCGGCGAGCCGAGCUCUGCACAACAGGCCUACGCAACGAGCCCAGAGCCACAGUUCUCCCUGCCCCUGGGAGGACGACCAAUCAAAGACGAGCCUGAGGAUGACUUCAUCAUCCCCCUCCACCCUUCGUCCCCUCACCGCCUGCCCAGCCCCUCCCACAUGAAUAACUCCUCCCCCUGUAAGCAGGAGCCCAAUGAGAAGUGGGAGUGCUGGGAGGGACGGGGGCUGGUGGAGGGCGUGGUGAAGGUGGAGAGGGUGGAGGGUUUUACUGGGAACAGGACGGUGAUCCGACAGGGGAAACAGGUGGUGUUCCGAGACGAGGAUGGCUCCCGAGAGGACGAGGACAUCAUGGUGGACUCCGAUGAUGACUCGUGGGACCUGGUGACGUGUUUCUGUAUGAAGCCGUUUGCGGGCCGGGCCAUGAUUGAGUGUAACCAGUGUAACACGUGGAUCCACCUGUCCUGUGCUAAGAUCAGGAAGUCCCAUGUCCCCGAGACGUAUACGUGUCAGAGCUGCAGAGACACACUGGGCCUGGCAGACACCCGCCGCUCAUACCGCUCACGCAUUGGCCCCCGCAAACACCUUCAUGACUGACCCCAUGGCAAACCCCUUCACCCCUCUCACCUGCAUUUAGACCAUGCCCCAUCCGGUUCCAACCCGCUCCCGUAACCCAUGCCCCAGGCUACCCCUUUCCUUUUGCCCCUGAGCCCAGUCCUACCCUCUGACCCCAGUCCUACCCCCUGACCCCAGUCCUGACCCCAGUUCUACCCCCUGACCCCAGUCCUACCCCAUGCCUUUUUCCCUAUUUCUCUCAUCCCUAUUGACUAAGCCCCUCGAGGUCUUCAACACCCCCAAACUGAACCGAUCCGAGUGCUAUUUCAGAUUUAUUAUAUGACGGUUUCUCUCUGCUUCCUUCCAGACUCUGUGUGCGUAAGGCAAUCACUGAAUGUCUGUCUGCCUGUAGUAAGCAGUAGUACAAUAGUUGACCAGUAGGGUUGGACUCCGUAGUCUAGUCUGGCUGAUCGGCUGGCUCAGACUGGAUAGAGACUCCAUCUCCCAUGAACAUUGGAAACCUGUCUUCACUCUUAAACUGUCAGAGAAUGGCCCUUAGAGCUGCCACCCAACAGUGUGCAUUUUGGGCCGUUGGCUUUUUGCACUUUUUUCAUGCGUUAAAAGGGUGAGUUGAGUUGCCAACCCCUUCUCCGCCCCCAACCACCCUCUCAACUAGGGGUUGGUACGUCUGUCUGUCUGUCUGAGUGAAGCCUUUGUCUAAAGCCUCAAGCAGAGGGUCUGUAGAUAAUGAUGUUCUGUACUGAACAAAAAUAUAAACGCAACAUACUGAGUUACAGUUCAUAUAAGGAAAUUUGUCAAUUGAAAUAAAU